UUGCAGGCGCAAAUAGCUAGCGCUGUCCGACUGGGCCGCAGCACUCUCGUGGACAGGACCUUGGACAGGAAUCAUUAACGGGGCACUCGACCACGUACACAGCGGCAGGCUGCUUAGUUUCAGCAAUGAUGCUGAAAGGUCUAUGGCUUCUCAUUUGGGUGUCAUUCGUUCAUCUUGCUGGACUAUAUAUCUUCAUCCAGGGGUUUCUGCUUUCUCGCCUCGCACUUCCCGACACAACAGAGUGCAUUGAUGGCUCAUGCACCAUUCCUGCAACAUACAAGAGAGCCGUAGUGUUAAUAAUUGAUGGGUUACGGUAUGAUUUCAUCGCGCCAGACCCUCCCCACCCCCCAUCACCUUUCCACCACGAUAUCCUCACCCUACCUCGCGAACUCACGGCUGCCAACCGGGGCAAAUCUUUCUUGUUCAAUGCCUUCUCGGAUCCCCCGACCACUACCCUACAACGUAUAAAGGGUCUCACUACUGGCUCUUUGCCAACCUUCGUAGACAUGGGCUCGAACUUUGGCGCAUCCUCUAUUCUAGAGGAUUCAAUCAUACAACAGUUACGGGCGGCAGGGAAGAAGAUCGCGUUCAUGGGCGACGAUACGUGGACUUCUGUCUUUCCGGACUCAUUCGCACCUAACAUGUCAUUCCCGUACGAUUCCUUCAAUGUUGAAGAUCUCCAUACGGUAGACGAAGGCGUCAUCCGACACCUAUUCCCACUUCUUGAUAGCCCGGAUUCCUGGGACUUCAUCAUUGGUCACUUCCUUGGUGUAGACCAUGUAGGCCAUCGAAUGGGGCCGGAUCACCCUAACAUGAAGGCGAAGCUGGCACAGAUGAACGAGGUGCUUUCCCGUGCUGUGGAUCGCUUAGACGAAGACACGCUUCUGGUUCUCCUGGGAGAUCAUGGAAUGGAUCGUAGGGGUGACCAUGGAGGAGACGGGGGGCUGGAGACUUCCUCCGGUGUCUGGAUAUACAGCAAAGGUCCAUAUCUAUCGGACCCUCGUGCAUCACUACCCGCGCAUUUGCUGGAAGUGCGGUCCUUCCCGGGAAUGACUGCAGAACACCGCGGAAUCCAGCAAAUUGAUCUCGUACCUUCCCUCACUCUCCUCUUGGGAUUGCCCAUUCCCUACAACAACCUUGGUACUGUCAUACCUGAAUUGUUCUGGCGAGACGGUACCGGCGGCUUAUAUGAACAAGCCCUGGAACUCAAUGCCGCACAGAUCAAGAGAUACUUGGACACCUAUCGCAACAGUUCUUCGGGGGGCGAACUGGAUUCUGUCUGGGACGACCUACAGGACGAAUGGGAUUCCAUAGGUGCCACUAUAGAUGACGAAAGACCAGUGGCGUUGAAGGACUUCUCGCGUUUAGCGUUAAGUACUUGCCGCUCACUGUGGGCACAGUUCAGUGUGUCCCUAAUUGUUCUGGGACUGGCUCUGCUGGCCUUCGGUGUCGUUGCCCCUUGCGCUCUUUUCAUCUGGCUUGGGCGCAUCAAGGAUGGCUGGGAAGAGCCUCUCGACCAGCUAUUGAUGGUCUGUCUCCGUGGGCUGGCUGGAGGUUGCGUAAUGGGUGUCCUUACAUAUUUCGCGCUGAGUGGUAUCCUACCAGAGAUCGAUGCUCUCAACUGGUCACUUUUCGAUGCACCUCUAAUGUCUUGCAUUGCCGUUAUCCUUUUCACCCGACCAUCACCAUCGUCCGCACUGUCUCUUCUCAAGGCCGUCCCAAUACCACUUAUCCUGCAUACACUCUCAUUCUUCUCCAACUCAUUCAUUCUCUGGGAAGAUCACGUCGUCCUAUACCUCCUCAUCACCUCCUUGGUUCCGGUGGUUUUGACAGGAUUCCGAGCGCCUACCUCGCGGCUCCGGCGCCGAAUCAUUGGUUUCUCCGCUCUAUUCGCACUUUGCGUCCGGCUCAUGGCAAUCAGCACCGUCUGUCGCGAGGAACAGCACCCGUACUGCCAUGUUACAUUCUUUUCAUCUGCCUCGCUGCCCGCACCCCCGACCCUGGUCUUGGCGCUAGCCAUCCCGGUGUCGGUCGCGCUACCUUGGAUUAUCAGGCGGUUCCUUAUAGUGUCGAAGUCUGACCAUGGGCUAGCAUCGCUGUUCUUGCCGUGGAUGCUGCCCGCUGUCUUAUUGGCGGGAAACGCCUAUUGGCUAUUGGAGUGGAUUGAUUCCGCCGGCACGCUGGGCAGCGAGUGGUCACCCCUCUUGCGCGGGAUCAGGACGCUAUUGGCCCGGAGUGCCAUGGGCGGGGCUCUGGUUGGCGGGUUAUCGCUCUGGUGGCUGAUUCCGUUGUGCAUCCGGAUUGACUCCGAAGCAAAGAAGGGGCAAUCAGGUGCUCAAACCAAUGGUGAAGCCAAGAAAACACAAGUGACCGUACUGGGCUUUGCGAACGCCUUUGGGUCGCCGUAUCUCAUAUUCUGGACCGUCUUUCUCGGCCUUCUAUUCGUGGUGACGCAGCUGACAGGCCAAGUCGUUCUGUCAUUGGCCACAGUUGCUUUGCUGGCAUAUCUGGAAGUGGUUGACAGUGUGCGCGAUGCGAAAGGCCUGCAGGCUGCUUUUGCAUCCGCCAAACCGUCCGUUGUGCUCGAUCUGGAGAAGGUCAGCGCUCCGCUGGAGUUCUCGGACAUGGUCCCGCUGUAUCUAUUGGCAAUUCAUACAUUCCAUGCUACCGGUCAUCAGCACACUAUUCCCUCCAUCCAAUGGAAGGCGGCCUUUGUGCUCAGUUCAACUAUAAUAUACCCCUUUUCUCCGGGAACGGUUGCCCUGAACACGUUCGGGCCGCAGUUCCUGUUCUGUCUGGCGGCGCCCCUGCUGGCGCUGUGGAACUUUGCGCCUUUGCCUCAACCUGAUGCCAGCAGAGUUGCGGUGAAUAGCAGUGUCCGGACGUGUCUGGCCGUCAUGGUGUGCUUCGGCACACUCCUUUUAGGCAGCUCUUUGAGCGCGGCGUGGCUGAGGAGACAUCUGAUGGUAUGGAAGGUUUUUGCUCCAAGAUUCAUGAGCGCCGCGGCCCAGUUGGUGGCAGUCGAUCUUGCGCUGCUGGUCGGAUAUGGUGUCGGCGUGCUCAGGAAUGUGCGUCGAGUCACGGAAGUCUUUCGAGGGAUGAGUUGAUUUCAUUAAACUUGGACCAUGUGGACAGAAGGAUGAGAAGCAUCAAAAGUUAUUGUAUACUGCGAUCUACGUAAUAAUAGAAGUAAUUGCCAGGAUUCCCUCCCGA